UUAUAUUAAAGAAUUUGCUAGGAAAGUUCCUCAUUGAGGAAAUUACUCACAACAAAAUUGAACAGGCCUUAGGCCUAGGGACAUAUAUAAAAAGGCUUCAUUCCCCUAAGAUUAAGAUCAUCAAGCAAAACUCAGAAAAAAAAAAAAGAAAAAUACAUAUUAAACAAGUAGUGAAGUGAAGAAGAUAUCUUCAAUCAAUCAUAUAUAAUUGAAAAUGUCUUUCAUGGAGAUUGAAGAAGUGAGCAACUGUGAAUCUCUGCCUUUGUUGUCUUUAAAUCAUGUUUCAAUUCUAUGCAGAUCGGUUUGGGCCUCAGCUCGAUUCUAUGAAGAAGUUUUGGGCUUUGUCCUCAUCAAACGGCCCUCUUCUUUCAAAUUCAAUGGAGCUUGGUUGUACAACUAUGGGAUUGGGAUACACUUGAUUGAGAAUCCAUCACUGAUGGAUGAAUAUGAUUCCAUGGAUGAAAUUAUUAGACCAAUCAACCCUAAGGAUAACCAUAUCUCUUUCCAAUGUACUGAUGUUGGACUAGUGAAGAGGAGACUACAAGAAAUGGGUAUGAGAUAUGUGACAGCUUUGGUUGAAGAUGAUGGUGCCAAGGUUGACCAAGUGUUCUUUCAUGACCCAGAUGGUUAUAUGAUUGAGCUUUGCAACUGUGAAAACAUUCCCAUUAUUCCACUGGCUUCUUGUCCAGUCUUCAAGCCCACAUCCACUACUACUUUCAAAAAGCCCGGCCCAUUAACAGGCCCAAUUACUGGCCCAAUGGCCAAAUGUGGCUUCAUGGAGAAUGUCAUGAUGGAGAGCCUCAGCAUGGACAUGUUAAACUUCUCUUUUUAAGUUCUAUAAUCUAUACUAUAUAAUAUGAUCCUUAUCUUAAAAGAGUAAGAGGGAAAGUGAGUGAACUAAUUAGAUCACUCUCACUUUUAAGUUAAGCUGUCUCUCUAAUUCUAUACUUUAAGGAUUAGUAUCAAAAAAGAAAAAAGAAAAAAGAAAAAAGUUUUUCUUUUUUUCACUUUUAAAUCCAUUAUAGGGGAUUUCUUUUAUUUGUGAUUUGGUAUUAUGGUUUGGUCAUAUGGGUUUUUGUAUUUGUUUUAUGGUGCCUUGUAAUAAGUGUGAUGAUUUUAAUGUGUAAAAUAUAUGUUUGAACUUAUGUGAUAUAAUACAACAUUUGAACCAUUUGUAUCA